AUAUUGGAUGUCUCUUAGUCACAUCAGAGUAUUCAGCAGUUCAUUUCUGAGCUCUGACUUCUUUGAAUGAAGCCAGAGCUCUGGGUAACAUCUUCAGAUAGAGAGAGAGAAAGAGGCUUUUGGACCUCCUGAACACAGGGAGCCGAGAGAAUGGUGCGGGAAGAGAAAGCAGAAUCCUGCUUCCAUGUGAGGCUCUGGUGUAUCCUGGUACUUUGCUUAGUCCUCCUCAGUGCAUGUUUCAUUGUGAGCUGUGUGGUGACUUAUUAUUUUACAUAUGGCAACAUUGGCAAAAGGCUGUCUGAACUGCACACACACCAUUCAAAUCUAACCUGCUUCAGUGAAGGGACAAGGGUGACAGGAAAGAUUUGGGGAUGUUGCCCAGGUACCUGGAAGCCGUUCAGCUCCAGCUGCUACUUUAUUUCUUCUAAAGAGAAUUUCUGGGCUAAGAGUGAGCAGAACUGCGUUGGGAUGGGAGCUCACUUGGUGGUGAUCAACACAGAAGCAGAGCAGGAUUUCAUUAUCCAGCAGCUGAAUAAAACAUUUUCUUAUUUUCUGGGACUCUCAGACCCACAAGGGAAUGGCAAUUGGCAAUGGAUUGAUCAGACACCUUACAAGGAAAAUGUCAGAUUUUGGCACCAAAAUGAACCCAACUUUUCUGCAGAGGAAUGUGCUUCAGUUGUUUUCUGGGAUGAGAGAGGAUGGGGCUGGAACGAUGUUUUCUGUGAUUCUAAAAGGAAAUCAAUAUGUGAGAUGAAGAAGAUUUACCUAUAAGUGGAACUUUAUUCACUAACAUCUUUAAAAUUUAGACCCAUUGUAAAAAUGUAAUUUUCUUUUGUAACUUAGAUAAUCCUUAUCAUAUCAGGUCAUGGGGAUAUUCUGAUGCCUUUCUCUCUUCAGUUCGUCCUCUUCUAUUAACCUCUUUUCCACUAAUCUUAGGAUGAGCUUUCCUUUAUUAUUAUUAUUUUUUUGUUUAGUUUGUUAUUCAUUCUUUUCUUCUCUUUUCUUCAUACCUCUUUUCAACAUUCCUUGUUCCAGAUAUUGUACUAUUUUGUCUAUUAAAAGGCUUUGUUGUUGUUUCGUUGCUAAA